AUGGCUUCGAUUUCACUUCCUCCGCAGUCCCAGGCGGGCUUCCCGCCACAUUUUGAUACCUCGAAUCAGUCCGACAGCCCCGAUCGUCGCCAGCACAUGCACACACCAUUGCCUAAUCCCCCAUUUGUCUUUCCAGCACGGGACCCAGACUCCCCCAAUAACCAAUCGGAGACCCCUGAGCGCUGGGAACGUGCCGCAUUGCCCGCAUUCUCUUUUAAUCCUGGAUCGGAACAGCAGUCACCACACCUCUCAGCGCCCUCCUUGUCGAAUCCUCGCGCGGGCGGACACCGUCGGCGACCAAGCGAGUUUGUUGGAACCGACCACUUGGUAACACCGGAAACAAUUGGACCAGGUCACAAACGGGCGUCGUCUAUGACAAAUCAACAUCUUCCACCUCCAGGGCCUGGUGUUGGCAGGGUUCCUGGACGACGGAACCAUGCCCAUCGCCGGUCAGCUGCGAUCUCUAAUGUCGACUUGAACGCCAUCACCAAGGCACUUGGCCCUAAUUCUGGGAUGGCAAGUGCCCCUUCCACACCCGCCGACCCUUACCAUAAAUCUGCAUCUGAUAUUCCUUCGCGACCGCUAUCUCAACCGGCUGUUAGCCUCGGCCGCCCCACGCCCCCUGCAUCUCCUCAAUUCCCUCCCGUCCCUCCUGUGCCUUCCAUUCCGGCUGCCAUUCAGGCGGAAAUCGCCCUGAACGACCAGGCAUCGAAUGUCGAACGACCAGUCUCUGCUGUUUCGCAUGGUAAUUCGGAUAGUUUGCCUACAAUUAAGUUGGAGCAAGAAGUGGAGAAGCCCACGUUCUCCGAUCGAGUAACGACAAGACCUGAUUACAACCCAAAAACUAGACCAAAAACUGCCGAUGCCUCUUUGGUGAUGGAUUUUAUGCAAAUGGAUGACGAUUCAGGGUCCUCUAUCAAACGUUCGCACUCAGCUGCUGGGCACUCACGCUCUCGGAAGAGCAAGUCGACACCACAUCUCGAUUCUACUCUCUCGCCCGAUGAUAUUCAGUCGACGGACAACUACCGGCCCUCAUUUUCGGAUGAUGGUUCCGAUACAUCUGGUGACGAAGCGACAGAGAACUUGUCUGAAAAAUGCCCUAUUAAGUCGAAAAAGAAGAAGCAGAAACGUGUUCGCUCUUGGGCCGGUCACAUUCUAACUCGAACCAAGAGCAAAGGUAAGGGCAAGCGCCACGCGAAGGCUGACACAAAGGAGGAGCCGCCUGUACCUCGCGCUCUUGCACCUCGCCCCCCUGCUCUUACCCGGACCAACUCGGGGACCGGAUCAGUUUUGGAUGUUGAUUUUGAUAAUGACGACGUCGUUGUCAUCCGGACACCGACCAAUCCGACAAUGCCUCCUUCUGCCCUUCAGCCCAUUCAAAAUGAUCACCAAACCGAUAGUGGUUGUUCUUUGUCUGCACAAUCUCUAGAGACCUCGUGGAAACCGAGGAGCUUUUAUGAACAGGGUAUCGGUUCGCACGACAAUGUACUAAGUAGCCCUAUCAUCGACCUCGAUGCUGCGCUUGGCCCUUUCAACACUCCAGAUAUGCGGCCACUGACGCAGGGUGCGCCCAACAAUAACUUUUCUGUUGCAACUCAGAGGAUGUACAGCGGUGGAAGACGGGGUGAAUUUGUCGGCCCAGAAAUGCGCUACCAUCGGCGCACUGAAAGUGCUCCAGCGCUGCAACCAUUCGACCGCACUGCUCUAGGCGCAUUCCGUUUGGGUCCGACCCCAGCGGUAGAAACGCCAGAUGUGUUUGACGAGGAGGAGGAGGAUGCUUUCUUGGCUGCCUCCCAACCACCCAAGGGCGAGCGGCUUCCUGUGAACGCGCCGCCGAUCGACAACGCAGUUUUCUCGUCAUCUGAAGAUGAUGUGAAAUCUCUUCACAGCAAUGCUACCUCCGGCACUAGCGAUACUUUGACUCGUGCCCCCACCGGUAGCACCUCCUCUCAGAAUGCUGGCUUGGGUAUUCGACAAGGCGAUAAACAUCUGAACCAAGAACAGAUGGAACAAAGAAGUGCGCUUGAGCAAAUGCAUAAUGCCAGCAAUCCUUUCGCCAGCAAGCCUCGAACCCCCGUGGAAAUUUUAAAGACGGAAGAACCUGCGCAUAAGGUCAUCGGACCUCCCAGUCCCGAAAUUUCUCCUCGGUUCUUAGCUAUCGACAAGCGACCAGCGACCUCGCCCAUUGAGCUGCUGCCUAACAUUCCACCAUUUGCGUUGCAACCGGGGGUUUCUCCGUCUGACUCGUCUUUCCCGUCUCCAGAUGCUCCACGGUCCAUUGCGGCAUCCUCGAUGACCGAUCGGAACUUUUCUAGUCACUCGUAUCAUCAUCUUCCUUCGGCGGAAUAUCCUUACGCAUCGGUUGAUGAUGUUCCAUCUUUGACCAGCAGUGCAUCGACUAUGACCAACACUCUGAAUCGUUUCUCGGCGGCUUCAUUCUUCCCCCGUGGGCGGCUUUCUGCUGACCGCGCAGCGUCCUUCUCAGCUGCCGGUACCAGACGUACAAGUCAGGCUAACGCCUCCAAACGCUCUAGUCUAGCCAGCCUUUCCAAGCUGGUUGGUGGUCCCCAUUCUGAGCGGAGCAAGCUCAACCAGGAGGAGAAACCCCCGAGCAACGCAUCCGACAAAACUAAGAAGAAGGGCCGCCGUCUCAGCCGAAUGAUGCACUUCUGGAAACCCAAGGACAAAGAAAAGUCUUCGAAUCAGGCGGCACCAGCAAACGAACAGCCACAGUCAUAA